CACGAUUGCCGGGAUCAGAGAAUUGUUGGUCUGGGGAGAAAUGAACAACAGAACUAUUUGUUGGACAUAUAUUUAUUUUUAAAAGCGAGUUUGAAUUAUUUCACGUUCAUUGAUAUAUUGGUAUUUGCCCAUUAUUUAGAGAUCUCUUUUAUGAAUGGCGUGUUAGAGACUGUCGAAUUUAGAUUGGGUCAAAGUAUCACCAGCAACUCCUCGUCUUAGUUGAGUCUCCAGGAUGAAAGCUAUAUUACAAAGGGUUAUUUCUGCCUCUGUCACUGUUGACAAGCAAGUUGUUUCUUCUAUUGGAAAGGGCAUUCUGAUUCUUGCUGCCGUUGCUCCAGGAGACACAGAGAAGGAAGUUGAUGCUCUAGCCGCCAAAGUUAUCAAAAUGAAGCUAUGGGACGACGAAGAGAUGGGUGGCAGAUGGAAGCACAGUGUGCAAGAUAUAUCUGGGGAUGUCCUUUGCGUCUCCCAAUUUACACUCUUGGCAAACACAAAAAAGGGUUCAAAACCUGACUUCCAUGGCGCAAUGGGUGGGGAACAAGCUAAAGAACUCUACCAGCGGUUUGUGACGAAGGUAGGGGAGGGAUAUGACCCCGAAAAGGUUAAGGACGGCGUAUUCCAAGCUAUGAUGGAAGUGGCUUUGAUCAAUGAUGGACCUGUUACCUUUGAAAUGUCUGUCGAGCCUAAGCCUGUUGAGCAUAAGAAGUCUGCUGAGCCUAAGAAGCCUUGAGGCAUGCUCUGAAAUCCGGAUCCUAUCUGUUUGUUUACAUAGCAUGGUUUUGGCGGCGUUCGCGUUGCAUAUAGACAUCGGGCUCAGUAGAGAUCAAUAGCACAUAGCCCCAUCAAAUAAGUCCAACUGCAAC